ACUUGACGUUAACUGUGGAAAGGGGGAAGGGAAACUGAGAUUGGAGGGAGAGAAACUGAGAUAUCCAUGACAACCAGUUUGACAUACCAUGUCAUGAGUGCCCCCUAUUGGUUGGAUCUUGUCAAGGAGAAGGCACACUUCACCAAGACUCACCCCACCUUGGUUUGAGCAUUGUUAUAUUGUGGAUGUGAGGUGCCAACAUUGAGUGUCAAAGCAAUGAAGCAGCUGGGAAAGAGGGAGGCCACCCUAGAUCAGCAGUGUCCAUACCCAGCUCUGCAGCCCCUCUAAUGGGGCAGGAUGCAAAACAACAUGUAUUCAAUGAGAUCUACCUGUUGACUACUCUGGACCGAGAGAGCGAGAGGAAGGAAGGGGACGUUUGACAAGCAGUAUUUGUGGAAAGGGACACAGCAGYCAUGGGGGUCUUCCCAAUACCUCUUCUGACUGCCUCAUUCUGGGGAAAAAGGCUUUAAAGGGUAGAACAGGGAUUACACACUCACACACAGACACACACACUCAUGCCAUGGAAGGGGACAGUGGUGUCACAGCACACACAGAGGGUCUGAAUGGUGUGUUCCAUCAUGAAUGUAAAGAGACAGAGGAGCUAACCAAUGGCCACUCCAACCACAAACCUGUGAUGAAUGGGCUGAUGCCAGGUCAUAGUGUCAAAGAGCACGCCAACGGUAGUUCAGUGCUCAAAUCUGUGCCAAUUUCAGCUCUGAAACAGAAUGGCCUUCUGCAGUCCCUGGCAGCAGGAGGAAAGCAACCCAAGACAGAAAGGGAGAGUGCGGAUGUGGAGCAGGCUAGAGAGGAGUGGGAGGCUCUAGAGAGUAUCCAACCAGUGGUCAGUGAGGAGUCCAGUCCCACCCCUCUCAUCUCCUUUAACGAGGCGCUGCAGCACUUCCAGACUACAGACCUUGGAGAGCUGCUGAAGAAGAUCCAGCCAACCAUUCACAGGACGGGUCUGGCCACUUUCACACACUUCCUGUUCGGCCCGCCGCGACUUCACCGAGAACUACUGGAGGAGAGGGACCUGGUCUUUGCCAUCGCACAGUGUUCUCUGGAUAACAGUCAGGCUGUACACCUGCGUGUUCUACAGACCAUCUAUAAGAGGCUGACAGGCAGUAAGCUGGACUGUCCUCGGUUCGGCACACACUGGGAGAAUGUGGGCUUUCAGGGUACGGACCCAGCCACAGACCUGCGUGGUACAGGUUUCCUGGGGUUGAUGCAUGCCUUGUACCUGGUAAUGGACCCUGAGACGCUGCCUUUAGCCAGAGACAUAUUCAAGCUGUCCCAGCACCCCACACAGAACUUUCCGUUCUGUGUGAUGUCCAUCAACAUGACCCGUAUCGCCCUGCAUGCACUCAGAGAAGAGGCCCUCUCCAAGGAGUGUAACCGUCGUCAGCAGGGUGGGGUGUUGAAUGAGUUCUACGUUGCCACAUUCCUGCACCUCUACCAGCUGUGGAAGAGCCAGCAGAAGACCAUCUCUGACUCCGGCUUCGUCCUGAAAGAAGUGGAGCUGUUUGCCAAAAAGAACCCCAAGCAGAUCCGUCGACUGGACGUCUUCUUGAGGGAGAGGAGGUACCCGGACCCCACGGCCCAGCGACCCUCACCCUGCCUGGGGGGAGAGGGGCCAGGUCUGAGGGAACCAGGGCAAGGAGAUGCACUUCCACUGGAGUGUGUGAGCUACCACUGAACAUGGAGGGAGAGGCCAGGCUCAUCUGACACACAGAGAGUCUGUGAGUACGGAUAGACUAGUCUGAGCUAGAAAGAGAGUGUGUUUGUGUCAGUUGUGUGUGUAGGGACCCCCACAGCUUUGACCCACUCCCUGCGGUCCUUCCCAUUGAUGCUGUAAAACUGCUGUCAGAUCAGUUUGUAACAGAAUACUUGUCGGUGAGGCAUGGGACUGAUGGAUGAAUAAAAGAUGUCAUUAAUAAGAGAGAGAGAGAAUGAAAGGUUAGCGUUUCAAGGACUGUGGGGUGCAGGCUUUGCUCCAGACAAGCAGUAGCGCACCUGAUUCUACUAAUCAUCCAAUCAUAGUUGGUUUAUUGAGGCCAAAUCAGAAGCUGCCAAACCCCAGGGCCUUCUAUGUGACUGCAGCCUAGUAGAGUUCUGGAAGGGUGUAGUGUCAUUGACUGUCUUCUACUGUCAGCAGAACUGUGUGUGCGUGCACUAGGUAUGGAGAAUACGGUGUGUGUUUGCUAUAGGGAGUUAGACAGUGAGGCCUGUGUUUCUGUAGUCAGGUCGAUGUGUCUGGGUUCGGAUGGUUCUUGUCCCAGUGCAGGUUAUAGGCUUGUGUGUGUGUGUGUGGUGUGUGUGUGUGUUGUGUG